ACAUUAAAGACAACAUGAUUGUCACCGGGCCCACCCCAUAUGACUCUGCAAGCAAUCCCUGCAUAAAAAUCUAUACCUUCAUAUCUCUCUCUGUCCACCCCCUCAAUUUCAAUCUCUCCCACAACUCAUUUUCUUGAUUUGUUUUUUCCGAGAGAGAUGGCAUUCGCAGGAACAACUCAGAAAUGCAUGGCCUGUGAAAAAACUGUGUAUCUUGUUGACAAGCUUACUGCUGAUAACCGUAUCUACCACAAAGCUUGCUUCAGAUGUCACCACUGCAAGGGCACUCUCAAGCUUGGCAACUACAAUUCCUUCGAGGGUGUUUUGUAUUGCAGGCCACACUUCGAUCAGCUCUUCAAAAGAACUGGCAGUCUCGACAAGAGUUUUGAAGGAACACCGAAGAUUGUUAAACCAGACAAACCUAUCGACAAUGAGAAAGCAAAAGUUUCAAGCAUGUUUGUGGGGACGAAAGAUAAAUGUCUGGCAUGUACCAAAACUGUCUAUCCAACUGAGAAGGUCUCCGUGAAUGGAACUGCAUACCACAGAAGCUGCUUCAAGUGUACUCAUGGAGGGUGUACCAUAAGUCCAUCCAACUACAUUGCACACGAAGGGCGCCUUUACUGCAGACACCACCAUACUCAACUUAUCAAAGAGAAAGGCAACUUAAGCCAGCUGGAGGGCGACCGAGUUGUUGCAGAGUCAUAAUUCACCCGCGACAUUGUUUGGUUCUCAUUUUGGCACAGUUUUAUCAUCUUGAUCCUUUGUAAUAGCAAUUCAGUCCGUUUUACUUAUCUAGACCUUUCUGCACUAAAAUUGGUUGGUUUUCCGCUUGAAGAUAAAAUGCUCUGAAUUGUGUGGAGCUUCUCCUGUUAUUCUUCGUUUGAUUUAGUGAACUUGAGAUGUACUCUGGAGUUGGAUGCUUGAUUAUUAAUAUGGUGACUCAUGAACCAGUUUCAUUGUUUA